UUCGGCCCCGCCGCAUGCAGCCCGGGUGAGCAUGGACAGUCGCGUCCUCGAGCAUCAUCCUCACGCCCACUUCGGAGGCUCCUUGGGCGGGCUGGUGGGCUUCCCGUACCCGCUCGGUCCUCACCACCACCACCACCACCACCACCACCAUCAGCAGCACCACCAGCAGCACCACCAUCACUCCCAGCCGCACGUCUACGAGCUCGCCGGCGCGCACCAGCUCCCAUCCGCGGCCGCCGUCCCCUUCUCCAUAGACGGAUUACUUAACGGCGCCUGCUCAGCCUCGGUGGUCAGCUCCAGCGGGCUCUUGUCGCCCGACGGACAGUACAAACUCUCCGAUUCCGGGGACCCGGACAAAGAAAGUCCUGGUUGCAAACGGAGAAGAACCAGGACCAACUUCACCGGCUGGCAGCUGGAGGAGCUGGAGAAGGCCUUCAACGAGAGCCACUAUCCGGACGUGUUCAUGCGGGAGGCACUGGCCCUCAGGCUCGACCUAGUGGAGUCCAGGGUUCAGGUUUGGUUCCAGAAUCGACGUGCUAAGUGGAGGAAGAAGGAAAACACGAAGAAAGGGCCUGGCCGGCCUGCGCACAACUCCCAUCCGACCACAUGCAGCGGCGAGCCCAUGGACCCUGAGGAGAUCGCACGGAGGGAGCAGGAGCGCGCAGAGAAGAAGAAGCGUAAACAGGAGCGGAAGCUGCUCAAGUCGCAGAACAAACUUCUGCAAGGGGACAGCUUCCACACGCCCGGCGGUUCUGAGAGCGACAGCGGCGUGUCGCAGUUCACCGACAGCGAGCAGCAGCCUUGUUCAGGCUCGAACGGGAAUAUUCACAUGGAACUUCCCCAGAUGACUAGAGGCGCCGAAGGAGGACACCAAACCGAAUCCAGCUGUGACCAAACCCGACACGACUUCAACCCCCAAAACCAAAGAAGAGAAUCAGAGCAGGUUUCUCCGGGCAGUACACACAGCUCUGGUAACCCUGCAGGUCCGAGAUCCUCGGCCUUGCAGAAGCGCAACCCUUUCAGCGUCGAAAGCCUUCUCUCGGACGCAGCGCCUCGACGGAAACCACAUCUGGACUUCUCCUCUAUGCCCACUCAGAGGACACUGGUGGGUAAAGGGCACUUCUUGCUUUACCCCAUUACCCAUCAGCCCCUCGGCUUUCUUGUGCCACAAACAGCCUUGAAGGCGGCGCCGUGUCAGGAGAACAUCAACGGGCUCCACCUGGGACACAGCCUCCAACAGACUCCCACUGACCUCUCUUGCAGUCUCACUAAACCUACAACCACGGAUCAUAAAACACACUAUCACAACAGUCCUGAUAGCAAUAGAGGCGACACCGAGGAGCAUGCUGGCGACUGUGGUACGCUUUCCGCGUGUCGGACGUCUUCACGGUGCGCCGAUUCCGAAGAGACGGCAAGUUUGACAGUCCAAACAGAGGCCAAGCUGACCAACGGCUGCCAAACUGAGGAACAGAGCGCCAAAGAGGAGCCAGCAUCGCCGGACCUUUCCGAGAGUCUGAGCGUAAACACAGACUGUAGAGAGGCGGCCGAAACAGAUGGUGAGGACGUGGAUAUGGACUAACUCACACUAAGGCGCCUUGUUCAGACACUGUCAGAAAUAAGGGCACAGUUGGAAUCCGUUUUGGUAAUCAAGGUACAGUCUAAAUGUACCUCACAGAGCUGAUUGGUGGACUCAAUGGCCGCUAAAGGUACAGGAAUGUUCCCUAGCUGUCAAAGGCUCAAUGGAUACAAAAACCUUUAAGGUUUGGCAAGUUGUACUCCCUGGUGGUACAUUUUGUUUUGAGAGUGAACUGUUCAAACAUUCCCAAAGCUCUGCAUACAGUAGAUGCUUGCAAACAUAUCAGGAAUAGACACAUUUCCACCUAGCCGCGCAGUUCAGUUCGCUGUGGUACAGUCUGGAAUGGUAUAACCCUGAUCUAGUGCACUGUAAAACAGCAUGCAGGCAUCAUAGUAGUGGGACAAAAGCCUCUAGUACACAGAAAUCUGUCAAAAUAGCUGCAUCAAUUGUGUGUUGACCCAAUUUUACACAGCCCUGGCAAAAAGCUGCCUUUCAUACAGAACUCCGCAAAGGUAGAAUAUUGCUGAAAUUAUGUGCGACUUGGUCAAUUUCACAAAGAUAUUGCUGCAAUUAUGUGUUCCUAACGCCAGUUUUACACAGAUCUGGCACAAAAAAAAAACACCUUUCAUACAGAACCCAGCGAAGGUGGAAUAUUGCUGCAAUUAUGUGCGACUAAGACAGUUUCACACAGUUCUGGCCCAAAACACACCUUAUAUACAAAACCGAAUAAAGGCAAAAUAUUGCUGCAAUUAUGUGGGAUUAACCCACUUUUACACAGAACUGGCAAAAAAAACACCUUUCAUACAGACCCCGGCGAAGGUGGAAUAUUACCGAAAUUAUGUGCGACUUAGUCAAUUUCACAAAGAUAUUGCCGCAAUUAUGUGUUUCUAACGUCAGUUUUACACAGAUCAGGCAAAAAAACAAAACAUCUUUCAUACAGAACCCAGAAUAUUGCAGUGGAAUAUUGCCGCAAUUAUGUGCAAGUAAGCCAGUUUCACACAGAACUGGCCAAAAACACACUUUAUAUACAAAACCGAGUAAAGGCGAAAUAUUGCUGCAAUUCUGUGGGAUUAACCCACUUUUACACAGAACUGGCAAAAAAAACACCUUUCAUACAGACCCCGGCAAAGGUGGAAUAUUGCCGAAAUUAUGUGCAUAUUAGUCAAUUUCACAAAAAUAUUGCCGCAAAUAUGUGUUACUAACGACAGUUUUACACAGAUCUGGCACACAAAAAAACACCUUUCAUACAGAACCCAGUGAAGGUGGAAUAUUGCCGCAAUUAUGUGCGACUAAGUCAGUUUCACAAAGAUCUGGCAAAAAACAAACCCUAUAUACAGAACCCAGCAUUGGCGAAAUAUUGCUGCAAUUAUGUGGGAUUAACCACUUUUACACAGAACUGGCAAAAAAACGCCUUUCAUACAAAACCCGGCAAAUGUAGAAUAUUGCCAAAAUGAUGUGUGACUAUGACAGUUUUACGCAGAUCUGGCAAAAACACACCUUUCAUACAAAACCCGGCAAAAUAUUGCCGCAAUUAUAUGCGAUUAACCCAGUUUCACACAAUGUGGCAAAAAACCCCACCUGUGAUACAAAACCUGGCAAUGGUGGAAUAUUGCCUCAAAUACUUUUGUGUGCUAUUCAGCCAAUUUCACACAAAUUUGGCAAACAGUUGCCUUUCAUACAAAACCCAGUAUAGGGAAAUGAUUGUGAGCGACAGAAAUGUCCUUUUAUAUAGAACACAGUGAAAGUGGAAUACUGAUGCAAUUGUGUAAGACUCAGUCAGUUUCACACUGCUUUUGCACAAGCCUGGUCACAGCUAUGUUACAUCUUUGAGACUACUUUGGAAGAUGGAUUAUACGAGAGGUGAUGUCUGAGUUAAUUCUGCAGAACAUCAGUGGACAAAUCCUUAGGUCUUAAACAAGCUGUGUUCCAGCAGGCACAAGACAUUGAAACAACGUUGAGAACUUGUUGAAUUAGGUCCUGACGUUGAGCAACUCAAACAUAAUGUUGGAACAACAUGCUUUUUAACGCCGUUUAAUCAAUGUCGGUUUCUGACGUUGAUUUGAUCAUUGAGUUUUGGUCAUUCCCUAACCGAUAUUCUAAAACACACAAAUACAACAUUGGAACAACAUGCUUUUUAACGCCUUUUAAUCAAUGUCGGUUUCUGACGUUAAUUUGAUCAUUGAGUUUUGGUAAUUUCCUAACCAAUAUUCUAAAACACACAAAUACAACAUAGGAACAACAUGCUUUUUAACGACGUUUAAACAAUGUCGGUUUCUGACGUUGAUUUGAUCAUUGAGUUUUGGUCAUUUCCUAACCGAUAUUCUAAAAUACACAAAUACAACAUUGGAACAACGUGCUUUUUAACGACGCUUAAACAAUGUCGGUUUCUGACGUUGAUUUGAUCAUUGAGUUUUGGUCAUUUCCUAACCGAUAUUGUAAAACACACAAAUACAACAUCGGAACAACAUGCUUUUUAACAACGCUUAAACAAUGUCGGUUACUGACGUUGAUUUGAUCGUUGAGUUUUUGUCAUUUCCUAACCAAUAUUCUACAAAACACAAAUACAACAUUGGAACAACGUGCUUUUUAACGACGCUUAAUCAAUGUCGGUGUCUAACGUUGAUUUGAUCAUUGAGUUUUGGUCAUUUCCUAACCGAUAUUCUAAAACACACAAAUACAACAUUGGAACAACGUGCUUUUUAACGACGCUUAAUCAAUGUCGGUUUCUGACGUUGAUUUGAUCAUUGAGUUUUGGUCAUUUCCUAACCGAUAUUCUAAAACACACAAAUACAACAUCGGAACAACAUGCUUUUUAACGAACCUUAAUUAAUGUUGAUUUCUGAUGUUGAUUUCAUCAUUGAGUUUUGGUCAUUUCCUAACCGAUAUUCUAAAACACACAAUACAACAUGGGAACAACAUGCUUUUUAAUGACGCUUAAUCAAUGUCGGUUUCUGAUGUUGAUUUGAUCGUUCAGUUUUGGUCAUUUCUUGACUGAUAUUCUAAAACACACAAAUUCAACAUUUGAACAACAUGCUUUUUAACAACGCUUAAUCAAUGUCGGUUUCUGACGUUGAUUUGAUCAUUGAGUUUUGGUCAUUUCCUAACCAAUAUUCUAAAACACACAAAUACAACAUUGGAACAAUGUGCUUUUUAACAACGCUUAAUCAAUGUCGGUUUCUGACGUUGAUUUGAUCUUUGAGUUUUGGUCAUUUCCUAACCGAUAUUCUAAACCACACAAAUACAACAUUGGAAGAACAUGCUUUUUAACGACGCUUAAACAAUGUCGGUUUCUGACGUUGAUUGAGUUUUGGUCAUUUCCUAACCGAAAUUGUAAAACACACAAAUACAACAUUGGAACAACAUGCUUUUUGACUACGCAGGGUGUGACGUUGAAUUGACCAUUGAAAUUGGAUACUUUUGCUAACCAACAACAUGGAUCCAACGUUAGACAUCAACAUUGUCUCAAUUUACAAUUUGCAACAUUGUUUCAAAGUCAGUUUUAAAGGACAUGCAUCAACGUUGUAUCAAUGUCUUGUGCUGGGGUGAAAGGGGAUAAAGUCAUUCAUUCAUUACCUGUCACCCAGUGAAUGAACUGCAAUGUUUAGGCAGCCCAAAAGAUAAUAAUCUGUAUUUUAGCACAACUUUCAACAAUAGCGGGAUACUAACCAUGGAGAGCUGAACUGCACAACUAGGUGGAAAAGGUGCUUUAAUUCCCGCCUACUUUUGAACCCACCUGUCCAAACCACCGAGGUUAAUCCUCCCCCUCAUCAUCCUCCCACGCAGGUUCUUUUCGCUUGAGCAGAACCUGCAGUUGCAACGGAAAUCCUCAGCUAUUGUACA